CUGACAAUGUAAUCGCGUGUCAACAUCCGGUUUUGUAAAAUUUAAUUACGGCUUUAAUACAAUGUAUUUUGUUGUAUUCCUUGACCCGUCUGGUUGUCCACGGACAACUUAAUUGAAAAAAAUCAGUUGCCCAGACAAGCAAAUGUACGACUCGGGCAACUCGAACAUUUGAUUUUGCCACCCCUGUAGAGUGAUGGAAACAGGAACUCAUGGGCACUAUAAAAGGGGUGUUGCAGGCGAUACCUAAGGAUGAGUGCACAAAAGAAAAGAAACAGGUUGUCACUGAAAAAGUCACCUGUUGCAUCAACAGCUCAGAACACUAUUGUAUCUAUGUUCAAAUGUCAGGCAGUAAAACAAAAUCAAGUACAGAAAGAUAUUAUAAUAGUAUCAGAAUCUGACAGUGAUGUUGACAGUGUUACUGGAGAAACUGAAGAGAAUGGCAACAGCAAUGGGAAAAAUUGCAACCAAUAUUUCCAAGCACCUAAAAAUAUCAAUGUUGAAAGCAACCUUGAUGUAAAGAAAGAAGCAAAUUACAGAGGUUCUCUUUCCAAGAAAAUCUCAACUGAUGCUAGGAAUGAAUGUGAAAAUAAAUUGAAUGCUUUUAAGAGUGAGAAUGGUAAAGAUGAGGAAAGUGGUGACAAUGGAAGUGAAUCUGAAUUUAAAAUAAACUUAAAAACUAUAAACUCAAGAGGAGAGGCCAACAACACAAAAGCAAAUUUGCAGCAGUCUAAUUCGGAAUCAAGAACUUACAAUUUGAGGAAACGAACAACUCGUUUGCGGGAUUCUGAUGCUGACAAUGUUGAUACAGCUGAACUUAAUGCUAAUGAAAAAUCGAAUUGCAGUGGAGAAGUCAUAAAAAUAACAAGAAAAAGAAUGAUGAAGACCUCAAGGAUACUUUCACUCAAGAAAGCAAAGAUUGAUGGCGUCAGCAUGGAAAAGAAGGAAUCUUUUGUUGGUAAAGAUCUUACUGUUGAUAAUCCAAUAGAUCUUACAAUAAGUGAUAGCCUUGAGGUUGAGGAAAUGGAAGACAUUCGAGGAAAAGGGGUUCAUAAGGAAAAGCUGAAAAGUCCAAAAAGACCGUCUAUUGGGAAUUUCCUUUUAAAGAUGAAACAAGAUAUUGAAAAGCAUGAAGUCAUAAAGUCUAAAGAUUCCAGUAAGACAAGUACAAGAACUCUUAGCAAGAAAAGAAACAGGAAUGUGAAUCUAGGUGAAGAUGAAUCCAGUAGAGACAGAAAUAAAGUAGAAAAUGCUAUGUCAAUUAAAAAUGUUGAAGGAGCCAAUCAUGAAAGUCACUUUAAGGUAUCAGAAAGUGUUAAAGCAGAUGAUGACAGUCGUGAUGUCAACAUAGUGGUUACUGAAGACAAAGAUGAUGUAGCAGGUGGUGGAAGAGUAGAGUUCCAGGUGCCAUACUAUUUGGAGAACUUCCAUACAAUCCUGGACAGUGUACUGAGUGACGUGGUGAACAGCAAGCUGUUUGAUGACCAGGACAUGGCGUACAUUGCCAGCUUCAGGAGUCUGGAUGAAGCCUCUCAGAAGCUGUAUGUCCGGCUGUUCUCACGGAAGUUAGCAUGGUUGCCUGUGUCCAGACUGGCUUAUCCAGAGAUCAGCUCAGAGCUGGGGCUACAAGUGCAGAGACUGCAGGAGGCGGGGCUUCUCAUGUCAGGAGACCACAUGACUGACCUUGGCCUAGUUCUGAAGGUCAUGUCCGCCCCCGACCUCCGGGCCCUUGCCAAGUCCCUGCACAUCCCCGCCCAGGGACUGCCAAAACCCCGUAUUGUAGAGCUGCUGAUGAAACGAGCCAAGGAGAGUUCCAUAUCCACCAUGUUCUGUGGAAAGGCAGGUUCAAACAUGGAGAAAACCAUCCUCAACAGAGCUCUCACAUACCUGGGCGAGGUAUGUCACCUAUGCAGGGAGGCGCGGGCCAUGUUCAUACGGGCCAUCAUGUUGUUCUCACUCUAUCAGACCAACUUUGACGAGGAUAGUGCAGGCGGCGGACAAAACCAGCUGUUCCAGAUGUUGAGAGUAAACAUUGGUCAGGUGAUGUACCCACGCUACACGGUGAACAGGCAGAGGGCAGUGUUUGCUGACAGAGCAGCGUUGGUCAGGUUUGAGACGGCUCUGCAGUUUGACCUUGACCUCCAGCACCUUACAGAGAAAGGGAAGUGGUCAGAUGCCCUGGAUCUGUACCAGAAAGCCAGACAGGUUGCUGAGGACGUGUGUGGGAAUAAGACCUAUGUCAAGUGGGAUGCCUCGUUGCCCCUGUUCCUGCGCUGCUACACAGCCGGCUGGGUGUACACCCGGGUCCACACCCAGGGGCUGGAGACCCUACAGAGGGCCCGGCAGUACCAGGAGGCAGUGGACCUGCUGGAACAGCUUCUGUCACAGGACGUGUAUGGAGAUCAGUACCGUGGUCUGUGGUAUGAGAGACUGGCACUCAACCUGGAGGCUCAUCUCAAGUCUCCUGAUAAGAGCCUAUAUGUGAUAUUGCGAGGGCUGUCAGACACCAGGGUCCACACCGGGCGCAGGUACGCCAUCUAUGAGAGAGCACGCAGACUGUGUGAGGCGCCCAAGUCAAAGUUUGCACACAGGAUCGCUGAAUUCCAUCAUGAACCAGUCCAACCAACACCCGAGGUAGAGAUAGAGGGGAUGGUGAUAUCAGAUGCAGGUCAGAUGGGGGUCAAGUACCAGUUUGUGUUGCAGGUAGAGAUAGAGGGGAUGGUGAUAUCAGAUGCAGGUCAGAUGGGGGUCAAGUACCAGUUUGUGAUGGCAGGGGACGCUGACUCCACCACUCUGUGUGCUGUAGAAGAACUGGUGCUGGAACACUACAAGAACAACGGAUACCCAGAAGGUCUGCAUGCAGAGGGCUCAGUGGUGACUAACCUAUUUGUGCUGCUCUUCUGGGACGUGAUGUUCGUGGAUGUGGCAGAUGUGUUCCAGGGACCCUACCAGGGGGCUCCACUGGACCUGGCCACUCAGGACUUCUACAGGAACAGGAGUCAGGUUGUGGAUGAGCGGCUAGAGUGGAUCAAAGGGGCCAGCAUCGAGGAGCUGAUUGCAGAGGUGGGAAGAGUGUGGACUGAACACAAUGGCACUAUGGUUGAAGGGAUCACAUGGGAGAAGUUCUCUGGCCCAGAUACACACCAGCACCUGGUUAGCUGCAUGGGUGGCCUUGUGAUAUCAGGUAUCCUGGGACGCUAUGUGAGAGACCCACGACACACCCGCAGUGGCUUCCCUGACCUCACACUGUGGAACACAGACACCAGGACCUUCAAGAUCUGUGAGGUGAAGGGACCCAAUGACCGCCUCUCCACCAAGCAGAUCCUCUGGAUAGACUUCCUCUUGAAACUUGGGGUGGAUGCUGAGGUCUGCUACGUGAAAGCGGUUGGAGCAAAGCGACUGAAACCUGUGACUUCCAUGAAAUGAAGUUUUGAUGUCUCCAUCGUUGUAUUCUACAUUAAUGUAAUACUAUAUGCUGGAACCAAAGGGCAUGCCACACUUUCCACAUGAUGCAAACAUAUUAGGUGCUUUUGUUAAGUUUUGUCUGUGUUUUUUACAUGUGUUGAACUCUUACAAGUCUCUCCAAGACAUGUUUUGAUAUAGUCGCAUUGUACGGGUGAUCAUGUUGUGAAGCAUUUAUAACUCUGUUUACUUUUAUUUCAUUUUCUUUACAUAUUUUCUUAGCAUAGAAAGGUUUAUUGAAGGGAAAUUCUGGCAGAUGUACUUGUAUUUGAUCGCGAUAUUAUUUGUAUUUGGGAAUCAAAUGUGUUCAUAGAAGUUUUAUUUGAUAAAAAAAUAUAUAUUAUAUCAGGUUGAUAGUUUCUAAGUUUAAAUGAUACAGUGUAAAUUGUAUUUGUUUUCAUAAACAGAUAAAUAAAUACAAAUGUGUU